CCCACGUGCAACUCUGUUGUUCUCACAUCGCACGAGUGUCUACGGAGUCACGACUGAGAAUUUAACUAGAAGCGGAAGUUUUAAUCAUACGUUUUUAUUUUAGCCGUUUUGCGCUGUCUACAUUGUAAAACCUUAAUCGGAUACAAUGAAGCACAUCAUUGGAAUAGGGGGUGUGACUAAUGGUGGUAAAACCACCCUGACGAACAGAUUAAUAAAAGCCUUACCAAACUGCUGUGUGGUUCACCAGGAUGACUUUUUCAAGCCGCCGGAUCUGAUAGCAGUCGGAGAGGAUGGCUUUAAACAGUGGGAUGUGAUCACAGCUUUGGAUAUGGAGGCCAUGGUGAACACUGUCAAGGGCUGGAUGGAAAACCCAAUCAAAUUCGCCCGUUCUCACGGCAUCCAGGUGACCCCAGCCACAGAGAUGGACGACCCUGAGAGCCAAGUGCACAUACUCAUUGUAGAAGGAUUUCUGCUCUACAACUACAAGCCUUUGCUGGAAUUCUUUGACAAAUCAUAUUACAUAACCAUCCCAUAUGAGGAGUGCAAGUCAAGGAGAAGAACCAGGCAAUACACCGUCCCCGACCCUCCUGGGCUCUUUGACGGUCACGUGUGGCCCAUGUACCUGAGACACAGAAGUGACAUGGAGAACUGUGGUUUGCCAAUCGAAUACUUGGACGGCUUGAAAACGAAAGAUGAAAUCUAUAAUCAGGUUCACGAAGACAUCCACAACACACUCCUGAAUCGUUUAUAGCAAUGGGAGGUUGCAACUGAUCAUCUGUACAAUAUAUUGUAAAUAUCAAUCUUACUUGAAGUGGCCUUUUGUUUUUAAACAAACUGAUUUGUAAAUAGUUUGACCAGAAUCUAACUUAAAUACUUGUGGAGGAACUUUCUUGCAUUACAUUUUUUGGACCGUGUCCAUAUUUUAAUUCUUUUUUAAAUACUUUUUUGCCAUUGUCUUUCAAAGCACUCAUUGGAAAUAGUCUGUUAACCACAAAAAAAAACUGAAUUGUUUUUGUACCUGUGUACCAAUAAACAUUGUGCUUUGACUUCUU